CUAAAUAGAGAAUUGUUUUCUGACGACCUCAGGUGUUUACUUCUUACGUUGCGAGAAAUUGAACGGAAAAUUGCACAUAAACCACUGAAUGAUUAGUAUCGUUCUCUCUCUGUAUUGAAUAAUCAUUUCGAUUAUACUUUUUCUAUGAAAAUAUCUUCCAAUAUUUUUUUGCCAAAUCUUUGAUAAACUGGAAUGAAGCCGCAGUUGUAGUCGCGAUAAACCAAGUUUUUUUACUGUGUUUACAUAUUAUUUUAUUUAUAAGUGUUUACUUUAUGGUUAAAACAUGGUUUACUCUUGUUGCAUUAAGAGAUGUAAAACAGAAUGGAAUCCUCAAACCGAUAUAUCAUUUUUUAGUUUUCCUUUGAGGAAUAUAAAACUAUUGAGGGAAUGGAUGCAACACUUAUCAAUCGGCACAAAAAUAACCAAAUAUUCCCGGAUUUGUAGUAAACAUUUCACUGACAGUUCUUUCAUAAUAGUUGGUGGGAAAAGAGCUUUAAAGAAGGAUGCUAUUCCAACAAUCUUUGAACAUGAUGUGUUAGAAGAUCACAGAUAUACAAAUAAUAAGGAACAAAUAACAGCUCCACCAACAGGAUAUAUCUAUCCAUUGAUACAACUAUCAAAUGACUGUCAUGUGGAAGAAACUAGUUUUUUGUGUCCCAUAGUCGACAUACAGGGGCCUGAAACAUCUAUACAUCAUGAAGAAGUCAUUCAGCCAUCGGAAGAUAAUAGUUUUCUGGAAGAUCAACCACUAUGUGGAAUCACUGAAACGCAAAUACCGCAAUUUUCUCUGUAUCACGAAGAAAUCACACAAAAAAAGGAUGUUGCUACAGAAAUUUCACCGCAUCUUUUGGCUCCAUCGGAAGAAGAGAAAAAAUUAAGAGCAAAAGUCAAGUCGCUACAAAAUCAACUACGUCAAAAAGAGAAGAUGAUCUUAAAAGAUCUUAAAAGAUGUUACGAAUUGCUACAUCUGAAUCACAAAACUGAAGAUGUUAUUGAGCAAGUUCAGCAAGUUGAAGUACUCGAUGCAGGUUCUGAUGUUGAUGAAGCAAUUGCAGACGAACACCAAAAUGAAACUGAGGAAAUCGAGUGGCCACAUGAAGCUACUUUAUUGCUGCUUGAAGAGUAUCGCGAAAGAGAAGACGAUUUUGAAACAGGACAAAUUUCUGAAGAAAAUAUGUGGCGUGACAUAAGUAACAGGCUUUUCGUUAACGGAUAUGACGUGACAGUCCCACAGUGCAUAACAAAGUUCUAUGACAUGAAACAGAUGUACGAAGAGGAGCGUGAAAACGACUUUAGAAAUUCAUCAAUAGAGCCAUAUCUUUCAGUUAUGGAUGAAAUUUUCAAGGAAAAGCCAGCUAUGUCACCUGAAUCUGACUCUUCAUCAACAAGGAAACGAGCUCGACUCAGUUCGGAAUGUAGCAGUGUUGAUACAAGCAGCGAACAGCAAAACCCUGAUCAUACGUAUAUGAAAAAGAAAAGCCAACAAUGAUUCCUGCAGUCCAGAUGAUUGGUGAAGCUAUGGAUAAGCAACGACGAAUUGCAGAGGAGUGGAAAAGAAAAAGACUCAAGGAAAUGUUAGCGGAAAAGUUCUGAAAGAUAGAGAUAAUAUUAGCAGACCAAACUUGAGACAUAGAGAGAACAUGGAACGUAAAGAUAAGCAUUUCAGAUGCUUGAAGACUACAGCAAAUACUGAAUAAGAUGAAGUUCCUUUGAAGUAGAGAGAUCAGUUUUAUUCUUACAAAAGCUCAUGGAACCUAAAUGUAUAAAACAAAGUUUCAUGUAAAAAUUACAACAGUCAAAUUGAUAUUAUUUGAUAAUAUACAAUGGUCACGUUUGAUUAUUUUUAUUUUUAAAAUGCCUUCUACCAAAAUUUUGAACAAUAAAUGAACAGCAGUAGAUAAUAAACUGGAUUGUUUUGCUCACAGA